AUGGGUCGAAAAACUGAAAAAACCAAACACGAUGGAUAUUGUUGGAAUUGUGCAAAGUCUAAAGCAGAUAUUGCUUGCUCAAAAUGUAUUCGGUCAUUCCAUCAAAAAUGUUUAAGAAAUGAAAUGAGCGGCGAAGAUUUCAUUUGCACUGAAUGCGAACGCCAGAUGGAAAUGUCCACAAAAAACGACAAUGAAAUUGAGCUGAACAUGAUUCCUGCGCUAGUAGAAUUCGUAAUGGACGAUUUGAUGUUCGUACCUUUGAAAGAUGUCCAGUUCGGUAAAACUAGUGGCAAGUUAGUUAACAAGAUUGAUUUGGCUCAAAUUAAGAAGAAAAGUUCGAUUUAUGAAUCGUUUUUUGAUUUGCGUGUCGAUAUAUCAUGGUUUGUACAUAAUUGCCAAAUAGCAUAUCCAAAAAAUAACGAUAUUUUACACGGAGCAAAUAAACUUCUCGAUUUUGUGGACGAAGAAAUUUUGAGUUUGACCACUUGCGUUGAAUGUUAUGACAAUGCCUCCAAAUACCCAGAAACAUCUUUUACCAUGCCGUGCAAUACACCGCACCUACUGAUUUGGGCAAAAGCACCAGGAUAUAUAUUUUGGCCCGCAAAGGCCAUGUCGACGAAAGGAAGAAAGGUACACGUGCGCUUUUUCGGCGACCAUACGACUUGCGAUGUGGAUUCAAGUGGUUGCUAUGUAUUCUCCACUGAAAAUCCAGAAUGUAUUACAGUCAAUGUCGAAUCAUAUAACGAGGCGUUGGAAGAGGCUAAUACGUAUAUUAAAAAUAUACGCGAAAAGUUUGGUACAUUCAAACAUGCACCAUAUCGAACUUUACUGGACUGUUCCAAACUGAAAGAAUACGCGAACGAAAUGUUUACAAAAAGCGAAAAUCAAUUGACAAAUAAAACCGAUAGCGUUAAUGAUAUUGAUCAUAGCAAUAUGGAUACUAAGAGAUUUUUACAGCAAAUGAAUGCGACAAAUACUGCCAAAAGUACCCAUCAGGUAACCAUCAAUUCUGUUGAUAGUGAUCAUAACAUCGAAAAUAUUCGAGAAAAUAACGACCAAUUGAACGAAAAAAAUGCUACCGAAAAUCUACUCAAGAGAUCUCAAACACAAACCGAACAAACCGGUUGCAAGAAGAUGCGAAAAAAUGAUGACGACGACGCUGAAUGUGAUCGAGAGCAAGAAAUAAUCAAGUAUUUGAAUGAAGAAGCUGAGAAAAAAGGUCAAAUUGUCUUGAAUUGUUUGAAUGAUUUUGCCACGAAAGCCCAUCAGAAAAUAAAAGAUUACAAAUCGUUCUUGAUGAAAGACAAAAUGCUUGAAAACCAGACUAAAUUAGAGCAAGAGAAAAGUGAGCAACAAAAAUUAUUCGACAAUGAAAAAAACGAAUUUCAACGAAACAUCUAUGCAUUGCAAAAAGAUAUUCUUGAACAAAAGAAUAAAUUUGACGCACAAAAAACUGCAUUUGAACAAAAAAACGUGGCGUCUGAAAAGGAAAAGAUCGAUCAGAAGGAAAAAUUCGAUGUUGAAAAGGCUGCCCUUGAACGAAUAAUCAAUGGAUUGCGAAAUGAUAUUCUCGAACAAAAGAAUACAUUUGACGCACAAACAACUGGAUUUAAACAAAAAGUCUUGGCGUUUGAAAAGGAAAAGAUCGACCAGAAGAAAGCAUUUGAUGAUGAAAAGGCUGCCCUUGAACAAACAAUCAAGGCCAAAAUUGGUUACUAUCUGAACACCACAACCGACGCUUGCUAUGAUGCAUUCAUUUACAAGGUUUUUGAUCGUUUUGAUGAAGCACAAAAAUACGUAAUUGACAAGCGGUCAGUUCCUCCGGUCGAAUAUGUAUGUGGAAAAAAAUUUGUGCAAAUCGUCAGCAAAGAUAGUCCUGUCGAUUUUAUUGAUAUAUCUUCAACUGAUAACGAUUAUUCUGAUGAAGACGAAUCUCAUGAACGUGGAGAAAAAGAAGACUCCUCAUCAUUAAACGAUAAUAUAGAUAUAAUUCAAAAUAAAAUUGAUGACAAUGAGCUUCAAGUCUCAAAUGUGGAUCAGACAACUAACGCACGUACAGUUGGUGACGAUGAUGAUG